UCAAUCUUCAACUCAAAUUUCAAACACAUCCUCAUUUCAAGUGCAACACCUCCCAACUUCUAAUCUCCAUUCCAGCAGAAAGCCUUUCAAAAUUCGUCAUGGGAAUCAGACUACCUUCACUUCUCUUCAAUGCCAAGCAAGUUUUCAAAAUGCAUACUGUUUCUUCUAGAAACCAAUGUGGUGUUCCCAAAGGCCAUAUUGCAGUUUAUGUGGGAGAUAUUGAAAGAAAGCGGUUUGUGGUUCCGCUAUCAUACUUGAACCAUCCUUCUUUUUCCGCUUUGCUCAAGAGUGCAGAAGAAGAGUUUGGAUUUAAACAUCCAACUGGAGGUUUGACAAUUCCUUGCAGAGAAGAUGUCUUCAUCAAUCUCACAUCCAGGCUGCAAAUAUCCUGAAAGAGAGAAGAAAGACAUUUGUCCACACAAUUUUGUCAGAUUCCCUCCAUUUUUUCCCCAUAGUUAAGAGUAGAAAUCAUUAAUCAAUGUAUAGUUAGCUUCAAAGUGUUAAUGAUCGGGUAGCUGAAAGGUGAUAGCACAUUGCCCAUCUACCUGAACAUCAUUUACACAACUUACCAUUCAAAUCUGUAAACAUGGAAAUAGAAAUACAGAGUCAUAUUAUCUUACUAAA